AUCAACAAGUAAACCAGUUCCCUAGUCUUUUUUCCAGAACAACACUAUGGCAAGCUUAUGGAACUGAGUGGGUUAGCUAAACCAUUUACAUGUAGCUGGAAGCGAUGUCAGGCUGCACACACACACAUUGAUUUUUAUAUGCCGAGUAUAAGUUCAACAGAGAACACUCAGUCUUCCUUCCCUUAACACAAUACUAGCUACACAUCACAGCAGAAGACCUUCUCCAUGGAGUCCUACCUGUGUCACAGUGAAAUAAAAAGAUCUACUGAUACCCUCCACGAUCGUGGUGGCCAGUAACAUGAAGUAAGAUACAAUGUUGAGAUGGUGGACUAAAAAUGGGAGACUGGAAUUUCCUUGGGGUAAUCCUGGAGGAAGUCCACAUUCACUCUACUAUAGUUGGCAAGAUCUGGCUUACUAUCCUGUUUAUAUUUCGAAUGCUGGUCUUGGGGGUAGCAGCUGAAGAAGUCUGGAAUGAUGAGCAGUCACAAUUUGUAUGCAACACAGAGCAACCUGGAUGCAAAAAUGUCUGUUAUGAUCAAGCAUUUCCUAUAUCUUUGAUCAGAUAUUGGGUCCUACAGGUCAUUUUUGUGUCUUCACCUUCAUUAGUCUACAUGGGCCAUGCAAUUUACAGACUUCGAGUUCUUGAAAAGGAAAGGCACAAGAAGAAAGCACAACUGAAAGGGGAACUUGAAGGAGUUGAGUAUGAGUUGACUGAGGAUCGUAGGAGACUGGAGCGUGAACUCCGGCAGUUGGAGCAAAGAAAACUCAACAAGGCUCCUCUUCGUGGGUCUCUACUCUGUACUUAUGUUAUACAUAUAUUCACUCGAUCUGCUGUUGAGGUUGGCUUUAUGGUUGGUCAGCAUUUACUUUAUGGUGUUCAGUUAGAUCCACUUUAUAAAUGCCAGAGGGACCCUUGCCCUAAUGUGGUUGACUGCUUUGUAUCAAGACCCACAGAAAAGACAGUAUUUAUGUUAUUUAUGCAAAGCAUUGCAGGUGUUUCUCUUUUUCUUAAUAUUCUGGAAAUAGGACACCUGGGCGUGAAAAAGGUCAGGAAAGGAUGUUUAGUAAGAUAUAAAUUUAAAGAUGAAUUUGAUGAUUUUUAUGUAAUUAAAUCUAAGAAGCACUCCACAAUAACCCAUACAGGCAUUGGGACAUCUUCUAGUCCACACAAGACCCUUCCUUCAGCUCCUAGUAACUACACACUGUUAAUGGAUAAACCAAAUGAUCCAUCUGUAUAUCCAAUAUUGAAUCCUCCUUGUGGAUUUCAUCCUAUAGUAGAUAUGCGUACAGAAAACAAUAAUACCUGUAUCCUUGAUGAACAAGAAACCAAAUCAGCUGAUGAAGCCAACCCUGCAAACAUGGCAGACAGCCACUUCCACAAUGGCAGCUCCAACAAUAAUGAAAAGUUCACCAAAACUUAUAUUUCUGAUAACAAAACUCCAAAAAGUCUACCACAAAGGAAAAGUGGAUGUAUAAUAAGUCGAUCCAGUGUUGAAAGUGCACCAGGUAUUCCAAUGGGAACAAUGACUGAAAUACCUUCUGAGGACACUAUGGAUUGCACUGUAAAAAAUAUUAUUUGUUCUUCAACCAGUAAUGCAGUCCGUAAGACCAGGAGAAUUAGUGCCCCUUGGCACAAUUCUAGAAUGGGUGACAGAAGUGGUUUUGUUCAAGAUUCUGUAUGCAGCAGUAGGGGACGCUACAGCUUCAGUGCAAAUAGAUCAUGGGCACUCUCCAAGUCUGACCUGAAGCGCAUCAGUCGGCCAGCUACACCAGAAGCCCUAGGGGAGCAGAGUCCAGAAUAUAAGCAGAAUAAGGAGUGUGAUGGCUCUGUGACCUUCUCUCCAUCUCGACGGAUGUCACUGGCAAGUAACGCCAGUAGCCGGCGUGUCCCCACCGAUCUACAGAUCUAACAGUUAGUUGCUUUACCUACACAUUACACUAACAUCUAGAUUAUUUAUGUUAGGCAGAGUUAGCUGACACUAUACAGAUUGAUUUUGUUAGUAUAAGAGUAACCUUUGUAUUCUUUUAUAAACUACUCAAAAAAUGUAA